CGGUUCACCCCGCUCGCAGGGAAGGCUGAGGAAUCAUAUCCAUAUUUCACUCGAGAUUGUCCCGUCUUCCAGGGGACAGGGAAGGGAAAUGGCUGUGAUGGAGUCAACUCAGGUGCUGGUGACCUUCGAGGAGGUGGCUGUCUAUUUCACCCAGGGUCAGGGUGCUCUGCUGGACCCCAGUCAGAGAGCCCUCUACAGGGACGUCAUGCAGGAGAACUAUGAGAUGGUGACCUCGCUGGGAUUUCCCAUUCCCAAACCUGAACUGAUCUCCCACCUGGAACGAGGGGAAGAACUGUGGGUCCCGGAUCUCCAGGCCUGUGAGGAAAGACAGAUCCCGAGAGGCAGUCACACAGCAGGUGAUGAGAAAGUGGAUGAGAAGAAGGAUGGGAAUCAUCAUGAGGAAGUUCCUGGGCAAGUGGAACCACAGGGGACCUUUGUGGGAAGAGCUGAAGGGAGUAUAUCCCAGUGCUUGGAAGAGGGAGAAGCCUGGGGAAAUUGGCACAAGUCAGAGAGGCAACUGAAAAACCACCCAGGGAAGAAAGUGGAUGAAUCUAUUAUAUUUGGGGGAGGAGACAAGGAUCCCACAGCCCAGCAGACAAAUCCCAAGGAAGAGAAACCCUAUCAGUGCCUCGAAUGUGGAAAAGGAUUCAUUCUCAGAUCACAGCUUGUGACAUAUCAGACAAUCCAUACUGCAGGGGAACCCCUUCAAUGCUUGGUCCAUGGGGAAAGCUUCAGUAACUGCUCAGAUCUUAAUAACCAUGAGAAAAGCCACAUGGGAGAGAAAUCCUUUCAAUGCCUCAAGUGUGGAAACUGUUUGAAUUGGAAGUCAGCAUUAAUUACACAUCAGAGAAUCCAGACAGGAGAGAGAUCCCAAAAGUGCUUGGACUGUGGGAAAAGUUUCAUAGAGAGGUCAGACCUUAUUAAACAUCAGGCAAUCCAUACAGGGGAGAGACCACAUAAUUGCUUAGAUUGUGGGAAAAGUUUCAGGAACAGAUCAGCCCUUUCUAAACAUCAGGCAAUCCACACAGGGAAGAGACCCCACAAGUGCUUGGACUGUGGGAAAAGUUUUAUACAGAGGUCAGACCUUAUUAGACAUCAGGCAAUCCACACAGGAGAGAGACCCUACAAGUGCUUGGACUGUGGGAAAAGUUUCAUACGGAGGUCAGACUGUGUUAAGCAUCAGGCAAUCCACAUAGGAGAGAGACCCCACAAGUGCUUUGUCUGUGGAAAAAAUUUCAUAUCGAGGUCAGGCCUUCUUCAACAUCAGACAUUCCACACAGGAGACAGACCCCACAAGUGCUUGGAUUGUGGGAAAAGUUUCAUACAGAGUUCAAAGCUUGUUAAACAUCAAGCAAUCCACACAGGAGAGCGAUCACAUAAGUGUUCGAACUGUGGAAAAAAAUUCAUACGGAGGUCAAACCUGGUUAAACAUCAGGCAAUCCACACAGGAGAGAGACCCCACAAGUGCUUGGACUGUGGGAAAAGUUUCAUUCAGAGGUCAGACCUUAUCAGACAUCAGGCAAUCCACACAGGAGAAAGACCCCACAAGUGCUUGGACUGUGGGAAAAGUUUCAUACAGAGGUCUCACCUUAUUAAACAUAAAGCAAUCCACACAGAAGAGAGACCCCACAUGUGCUUGGACUGUGGGAAAAGUUUCAUACAUAGUUCAAACCUUGUUAAACAUCAAGCAAUCCACACAGGAGAGAGACCGCACAAGUGCUUGGACUGUGGGAAGAGUUUCACACGGAGGUCAGACUGUGUUAAACAUCAGGCAAUCCACACAGGAGAGAGACCCCACAAGUGCUUUGUCUGUGGAAAAAAUUUCAUAUCGAGGUCAGGCCUUCUUCAACAUCAGGCAAUCCAUACAGGAGAGAGACCCCACAAGUGCUUGGACUGUGGGAAAAGUUUCAUACAGAGGUCAGACCUUAUUAAACAUCAGGCAAUCCACACAGGAGAAAGACCCCACAAGUGCUUGGACUGUGGGAAAAGUUUCAUACAGAGGUCACACCUUAUUCAUCAUAAAGCAAUCCACACAGGAGAGAGACCCCACAAGUGUUUGGACUGUGGGAAAAGUUUCAUACAGAGUUCAAAGCUUGUUAAACAUCAAGCAAUCCACACAGGAGAGCGAUCACAUAAGUGUUCGAACUGUGGAAAAAAAUUCAUACGGCGGUCAAACCUGGUUAAACAUCAGGCAAUCCACACAGGAGAGAGACCCCACAAGUGCUUGGAUUGUGGGAAAAGUUUCAUUCAGAGGUCAGACCUUAUUAGACAUCAGGCAAUCCACACAGGAGAAAGACCCCACAAGUGCUUGGACUGUGGGAAAAGUUUCAUACAGAGGUCUCACCUUAUUAAACAUAAAGCAAUCCACACAGGAGAGAGACCCCACAAGUGCUUGGACUGUGGGAAAAGUUUCAUACAUAGUUCAAACCUUGUUAAACAUCAAGCAAUCCACACAGGAGAGAGACCACAUAAGUGUUUGAACUGUGGAAAAAAAUUCAUACGGAGGUCAGACCUUGUUAAACAUCAAGCAAUCCACACAGGAGAGAGACCGCACAAGUGCUUGGACUGUGGGAAGAGUUUCACACGGAAGUCAGACUGUGUUAAACAUCAGGCAAUCCACACAGGAGAGAGACCCCACAAGUGCUUUGUCUGUGGAAAAAAUUUCAUAUCGAGGUCAGGCCUUCUUCAACAUCAGACAUUCCACACAGGAGAGAGACCCCACAAGUGCUUGGACUGUGGGAAAAGUUUCAUACAGAGGUCAGACCUUAUUAAACAUCAGGCAAUCCAUACAGGAGAGAGACCCCAUAAGUGCUUAGAGUGUGGGAAAAGUUUCAUACAGAGGUCACACCUUAUUCAUCAUAAAGCAAUCCACAUAGGAGAGAGACCCCACAAGUGUUUGGACUGUGGGAAAAGUUUCAUACAGAGUUCAAAGCUUGUUAAACAUCAAGCAAUCCACACAGGAGAGCGAUCACAUAAGUGUUCGAACUGUGGAAAAAAAUUCAUACGGAGGUCAAACCUGGUUAAACAUCAGGCAAUCCACACAGGAGAGAGACCCCACAAGUGCUUGGACUGUGGGAAAAGUUUCAUACAGAGGUCAGACCUUAUUAGACAUCAGGCAAUCCACACAGGAGAGAGACCCCACAAGUGCUUGGACUGUGGGAAAAGUUUCAUACAGAGGUCUCACCUUAUUAAACAUAAAGCAAUCCACACAGGAGAGAAACCCCACAAGUGCUUGGACUGUGGGAAAAGUUUCAUACGGAGGUCAGACUUUCUUCAACAUGGGAGAAUCCACACAGGAGCUAAACUUCUGUGACACUGUGAGAGAAAGGGUUAAGCAACUUGCAUGUAAGAGACCCAGUUCAACCUUUAGAGAUAUUUUAAAAAAGUGUGUCCAUGUUAGAUAAGCUUGAGCUUUGAAAUGUAAACUUAUGUUAAAGACCUGGAAGAAGUUGGUAACUGUAGUAGUCUAUAAAAAGCAACAAAGAGUCCUGUGGCAUCUUAUAGACUAACAGAAGUAUUGGAGCAUAAGCUUUUGUGGGUGAAUACCCACUUUGUCAGAUGCAUGUGGUGGAAAUUUCCAGAGGCAGUUAUAAAUAUGCAGGCAAGAAUCAGCCUAGAGAUAACAAGGUUAGUUUAAUCAGGGAGGCCAUCUUCUAGCAGUUGAGGUGUGAACACCAAGGGAGGAGAAACUGCUUUUGUAGUUGCCUAGCCAUUCACAGUCUUUGUUUAAUCCUGAGCUCAUUAUGUCAAAUUUGCAAAUGAACUGAAAUUCAGCAGUUUCUCUUUGGAGUCUGGUCCUGAAUUUUUUUUGCUGCAGGAUUUCCUUUAAAUCUGCUAUUGUGUGUCAAGGGAGGUUGAAGUGUUCUCCUGCAGGUUUUUGUAUAUUGCCAUUCCUAAUAUCUGACUUGUGUCCAUUUAUACUUUUACGUAGGAUUGUCCAGCUUGGCCGAUGUACAUAGCAGAGGGGCAUUGCUGGCACAUGAUGGUGUAUGUUACAUUGGUGGACAUAAAAGUGAAUUAACCGGUGAUGUUGUGGCUGAUCUUGUUAGGUCCUGUGAUGGUGUCGCUGGUGUAAAUAUGUGGGGAGAGUUGGCAUCGAGGUUUGUUGCAUGGAUUGGUUCCUGAGUUAGAGUUACUAUGGUGCGGUGUGUGGUUGCUGGUGAGAAUAUGCUUAAGGUUGGCGGUUUGUUUGUGGGCGAGGACUGACGUGCCUCCCAAGGCCUGUGAAAGCGAGGGAUCGUUGUCCGGGACGGGUUGUAGAUCACCGAUGAUGCGUUGGAGAGGUUUUAGCUGAGGACUGUAGGUGAUGGCCAGUGGAGUUCUGUUGGUUUCUUUCUUGGGCUUGUCUUGCAGCAGGAGGCUUCUGGGUACACGUCUGGCUCUGUUGAUUUGUUUCUUUAUUUCCUCAUGCUGGUAUCGUAGUUUUGAGAAUGCUUGGUGAAGAUCUUGUAGGUGUUGGUCUGUGUCUGAUGGGUUGGAGCAAAUGCGGUUAUAGCUCAGCGCUUGGCUGUAGACGAUGGAUCAUGUGGUGUGUCCGGGAUGGAAGCUGAACCCAUGAAGGGUAGGCAUAGUGGUCGGUGGGGUGGGGUGGUGUUAACAUGACUGUCACUUAUUUGUAUCGUGGUGUUUAGGAAGUGGACAUCCCUUGUAGAUUGGUCCAGGCUGAGGUUGAUGGUGGGGUGGAAACUGUUGAAAUCAUGCUCCAAUACUUCUGUUAGUUUUUAAGGUGCCACAGGACUCUUUGUCGCUUUACAGAUCCAGACUAACACGUUACCCCUCUGAUACUUGUACUAGUCUAUGUUUGCCUUUAUCUUGUUAGAGGUUAACAAUGGAACCAAACAGUUCCUGUCUAGGGCUGUAUUCUGUUAAUUCAGAGAUCAAAAGGGAAUAAUAACAUGUAGAUGAAACUUGGGUGUAAUAAUGUCAUUGCAUGUCUCUUUAAAGUUUGUGGUAAACUGUCUAUGAACUUCUUUAUGGAUAAUUACCUUAUGUUAAUCCAUGUAGUUAAUUACUGGUGAUGUUUAGGAAAUAGAAGGUUACUUCAAAAGCCUAGUGAACAAUAGUUCUCCCAAGGACUGCCUGCUGAUGAGAGGCUGCAAAAAUCUGUAUAAAAACUCUUGGGACCUGAUCCUUUUCUCUCAGAUCUUGUUGAGCUUUAUUCAGAGGAAGUUUGAGUCAUAAGACGGAGAUCUCCAGUCCCAUCUGGACUGCCCUGAUAUUGAACAUUUUUACAUGGGACUAUAACCUCAUGAAAGGAUUCUGAAAAGGACUAUACAAUUCUAAAGCACCAUCUCUACAGUGAAACUGAUCUAAGCACUCUAUUCAUGUCUGUAUGUAUAAUGAUCUUUUAACCAAUACUCUCACUCUCCUUUCUUCUUUUAAUAAAUCUUAGUUUAGUUAAUAAGAAA